AUGUAUUUCAAAUACUUGGGAAAGCCAACUGCCACGAAUCUCUUGACAUCUUCGAAAGCAAUGCACUAUUUCGAGAUUGCCAUGUUCUGGGUAGGAUGGGCUAAGCCGGCGCGGUACCAACUUUUGUACCGGAUCGCUUCGAUUCUAAUAUGCCUCUUUAGUGCGGUUUACUUCCCGGUUGGCAUGCUCAUCAGCUUUUUAUUUGACACGGAUGUGAAGUCAACGAAUCUGAGUGAACUGCUGACGAUUCUACAGCUUCUUUUCAACGCGAUGGGAUUGCCAAUCAAAGUGUUCUUUUUAAGAUUACAUUUCUCAAGAUUCAGUGAAAAGGUCAAGGAGAUUCUAGGUCGGCUCGACGAGAGCUGCUCAGAUGCGAAGGAGAAAACUGAGGUGCAUCGCUGGGCGGUUCGCUGUAAUGCCGCAUAUUUGAUCUAUCAAGGAAUCUACAGCUCCUACGCAAUUUCAACAUUUUUCUCAUCCGCUUUCUCUGGAACACUCCCAUGGAGAGUUUAUAAUCCCUUCGUCGACUGGCGAAAAAGCACGUUAAACGUCUGGAAAGCAGGUCUAAUCGAGUUUCUUAUCGUUAUAUUUGGUGUUACUCAAGGCCUGAUGUCCGAUGUGUACGCCCUAUCCUAUGGUUUAAUUCUUCGAGCACACCUAAAGCUCCUGCGACUUCGGGUGGAGAAACUACAUUUGCAUCCUGGCAAGAGCGACGAGGAAGAUCUAGAGGAUCUAAUCAAAUGCAUCAAGGAUCACAAGCUCAUAAUUAAGUUUUACGUGACCAUUCGGCCCGUCAUUAGUGGGACUAUAUUCGUCCAGUUUCUUCUGAUUGGACUCUGCCUGGGCCUCUCCCUCAUCAAUAUACUCUUCUUUACGGACAUCUGGGCUGCUUUGGCAACCAUGAACUAUAUAAACGGCCUCAUGGUCCAGACCUUUCCGUUCUGCUACGUAUGCGACUUGAUCAAGUCGGACUGUGAAAUCCUCGAAAGGGCCAUAUUUCACUCCAACUGGCAAAGUGCUAGCCCCCGAUACAAAAAAACUUUGAUUUUUUUCUUGCAAAGGUCCCAGAAGCCAAUAGCUUUCACGGCCAGAUCCAUUUUUCCCAUAUCGACCAGAACCAACAUACAGGUGGCCAAACUGGCCUUUACAGUUGUAACCUUUGUCAAUCAGAUGAAUUUGGCAGAUCGAUUUAAGUAA